AUGUUUACUAAAGAGAUGAAAGAGUUCCCUUAUAAACUCUCGGCCUCGGGAUGGGACUUGGGCUAUAUUAAGAAGCUACCUGCUACUGGAUUUAGUGGCAUAAAUAACUCUCAGUAUUAUAUGAAUGCGCUUGUACUGGAUAACUUAAUGUGGCCUGAAAAUUCAGUUACCCUCCUGUCUGUAUAA